AUGGUCGGCCAGCCUAGCAUGCCUUCAGUACCUGGACUGGAAGACUUCGAAGGCUUAAGCAUCCACGUAAAGUCCUUCAAGCGCCCGCAAAAUUUCACCGGCAAACGCGUCAUGGUGGUGGGUUUCGGCAACAGCGCAGCAGACACAUCCACUCAGCUCGUCGGCGCUGCAAGUAAGAUCUAUCUCGCGCACCGUCAUGGCGCACGCGUGGUACCGCGCAUGCACAAUGGCAAACCAAUCGAUCACAACCACAGCCUCCGCUUAUUCCGCAUCUCCAGCCUCGUCAUGAAGUACUUCCCAGAUUUCGCCGAGCGGCAAUUCGACAAAUUCAUGAAGAGUUACCAAGACAAGCAUUUCAAACUGAAACCAGAAUGGGGCUUCGAACCAGCUCAGAAAGUGCCCAUGGUAUCCGACACCCUCGUCGACCAUCUCCACGCCGAAGACAUCGAAUCCGUACCUGUCAUGAAACGCAUCAUCUCCCCCACCACCGUGGAGCUCGAAAAUGGGCGACAAAUAGACGUGGAUACCAUAAUAUGGUGUACAGGAUAUAAGUCCGACUUCAGCAUCAUGCACCCCGACUACGAUCCCAGCGCGCCCACCAACACAGCAUGGACACAAGCGCAAGGCGCGAACAACAAAUCUCUUUUCAAUCUCUACCUCAAUGUAUUCUCUGCCCGGAAACCAGAUAGCCUGGCGUUCAUUGGUAAUGUGUACUUUGCGCUCGGUGGGUUUCAUAUCUCUGACAUGGCCGCCAUGGCGAUCGCGCAGGUGUUCAAAGGGGCGUCGAAACUGCCUGCGCAAGCAGAAAUAGAAGCAGAUAUCAAGAGGCAGCAUGUGUGGCUUGCGGGCCUCGCGGGCUAUGGGUAUAACAUUAGUCCGGGGAAUGUCGAUGGCGGACCGUGGAUGGCGAAGAUGAAUGAAUUGGGCGGCACGGGCGUGGAUGAGUAUUUGGGGUACGGGCUGAAGGGAUGGUGGUUUUGGCUGUGGAAUAUAUGGUUCUGCCAUCUCUUGAUGGAUGGGAUUUGGGCGCCGUGUAUAUAUCGGGUUUUUGAGGGUCCGAAGAGGAAGAGCUGGGUGGGUGCUAAGGAUGCGAUUGAGAAGAUGAAUGCCAGCAACACGGAAUCAGAGGUGAAGGAUUCAUAGCGUCAAAGAGAGUCAUUCUAUCUAUCUCGGGUCUCAUGAUUCGUAAGUUGGCAGCUCAAUAUACUGCGCUUCGCCCACUC